CACAACGCUGUUAUUUACGGCACAUGGCAACUACUUCGCGGCAGGAGUUUUGUUUACUCGCGUGGGGGGCCAACAGCUAUGGGCAGCAUGGACAGGGACAUGAGGAGGACCAGGCAAUCCCUCGGCUCUCGAACAAAAUUCCUCUCCAUGGAAGGAGUAUCCGGGCUGUUAGCGGUGGCGGGGGACACUCGGUGGUUGUGACAGAUGAUGGAGAGGCAUUUGUGUGUGGGCAGAAUCUCAGAGGCCAGCUUGGACUCGGCCACACCGCCAACUGCUCAACACUUCAGCACUGCUCAGGCCUGAAUCAGAGGGUCACCAAUGUUGCCUGUGGCUGGGAUUUUACUCUUGUCCUGACUGAUAGUGGCAACUUAUUAGCGUGCGGCUCUAAUGUAUUUGGACAGCUGGGUGUUGGUCAGAUGACUUCCCAUUCUGCACAAUUGCUGCUCAUUGAGAGUCUGAAAGAACGUGUGUUGAGCAUUGCAGCAGGGCUCCGACACUCUCUUGCAAUCACAGAGUCAGGACAUGUCUACCAGUGGGGGACAGGUCUUCGCAGCCUUGCCAAGAGAGCACUCAGUCCAGACCCUGUUCCGUCACACCUCAAUUCCAAGGUUCCUUCUCUUGUGCCAGGUCUGGAUCUGAAGGUGCCUCAUGCUGUCACUGCGGGCUCAGCACACUGUGUGUGCCUUACAGAUGGUGAUUUAUUUCUCUGGGGAAGCAACAAACACAGCCAGCUAACUGCCACCGAGCCCUUCUUGUCCACUCCUGCUCCACUCAAGCGCUCACUUCUGGGUGGAGAGAAAGUUGUAGAGGUGAGCAGCGGCUGGACUCAUGUUAUUGCCCAAACAGAGAGUGGAAGAGUGUUUACUUGGGGCAGAGGGAAUUAUGGACAACUGGGCCGACCUCUGACAAAUGCCGCAAAUCCUAAGCACCGGUCAGCAGACCACAGUAGCCAGACUUCAAUGCCUGCCGAGGCGAAAGCCCUCUUUGGAGCAACGCAAAUCGCAUGUGGAUCCGAACAUAACCUCGCUAUUGUAGGGGAGCGUCUCCUUUCCUGGGGCUGGAACGAACACGGAAUGUGUGGAGACGGUUCACUCGCCGACAUCUUGGAGCCACGUAUCGUCCCUGGCCUCAGACCUCUCGUCAUUGGCUGCGGGGCCGGACACUCUUUGGCGGUGUGCGCAGGGAAUACGUGCAAAGACCAAUGAUAAACUCUGCACACAUCCCACUUACAUUGGAGCAAGACUUUCACCUGAAUUCCUAUUGUGGAAUUAUUUAUGAAUGAAGAUUCUUUACGCCUAUUAUGUAGGCCAGAUCAUGUUGAUGAAAUCACGUGUGUAUCAUAAAUACCACAUGUGUCGACCAGAGUUCUAUCUGAGAGGUCAUUAUUUCUCGAGACAGGCUGUGAAGUUGAUGGCAAAGAGACCAGGCAAUAUCUUUACGUGACACGGCCAUUUCUGCACCACCCAGUCCUCUCUGUUGGCCCUCCCAAAAGAAUGAAGGCGUUGAGGAUAAUGUGAGGGAUGGGCCCAACCGACUUUAGCUACAGCUUCAUCUUUUCUUGUCAGCGCUUUUACUGCUUUGAUAAUGAGCGUUGGAAGGCUCUUGAAAAGAUUAUAUCUGUAUAUUUCAUAGAGAAUAUAUCUUGUCACGCCGGGAAUUAGCGCUAACACACAAAUAUUUUUUGACACCAUUAAGAACUGUUUGUCUUCUUUCCGUUUUCACACUGUACACAUUAUUUGUCUUUGGGAAGUUUGACCGGUGCAUUUGACAAUCUUUGCAUACUCUUAAGCUAUGCAGACAUCUGCAGUGGAAUACAGUGCGGUCAAAAAGUAUUGCCCCUACCCCACCCCCACACAUACGCUCAAAUUUAUUUUUCCAUAGUUUCCCCACUGUAAUGUUUAAGAUGAUCAAGAAAUGUAAAUAUCAAACAAAUAUAAACCCAGUGAACUUAAAUUGCCAUUUAACCAUUCAACCCAUUUAUUCAGGGGGGAAAAACUGUUCAGUUACAGUGAAGAAAAUAAGCAUUUAAACACCCUGCUAUAUUACAAGUUCCCCCACUUAAAAAUCAUGGAGGGGUCUGAAAUUUUCAUUGCAGGUGCAAGUCUACUGUGAGAGAGAUAAUCUAAAAAGAAAAUCCAGAAAUCACAAUGUAUGACUUUGUUAAAUUGCCAAGCAGCUUGGUGAAAAAAAAGGUCCACUGUUGGAACAAUCAUUAGAAAAUGGAAGAAGCUAAACAUGAUGCUCAAUCUCAAAGGGAGUGGAGCCCCAUGCAAAAUAUCACCUUGUGGGGUCUCAAUGAUCCUUAGAAAGAUGAGGAAUCAGCCCAGAACUACACGACAGGACUUGGUCAAUGACCUGAAAAGAGCUGGGACCGCCGUUUCCAAGGUGACUGUUGGUAAUACACGAAGACGUCAUGGUUUGAAAUCAUUCAUGGCACGGAAGGUUCCCGUGCUUAAACCAGCACAUGUCAAGGCCCGUCUUCAGUUUGCCAAUGACCAUUUGGAUGAUACAGAGGAGUCAUGGGAGAAGGUUUUGUGGUCCGAUAACACAGAAUUAAAGUGCAGGGAAAGGGUUACAUAAUCUAUUUGUAAAGCUUGAGUAUUCCAGUGAUCCAUAGGGACAGGCAUUAUCCUCACAUGGAGAAAAUAUGGAACAGUGGUGAACCUCCCAAGGAGUGACUGGCCUACAAAGAUUACCCUGAGAGAACAACACUGACUCAUGACUCAUCCAGGGUGGCGCAAAGAAACUCAGGACAACUUCUAGGAACUGCUAGCCUCCCUUGUUUCUCUUAAAGGUCAGUCUUCAUGACACCAUCAGAAUGACUGGGCAAAAGUGGCAUCCAUGGCUGGGUUCCAAGGCAAAAGCCACUGCUGAUGAAAAACAACACAAGUUCUUUGUUACUUUUGCAAUAAACAACAUCUGAAUGUUUCCCAAGACUUUUGGGAGACAUCCAUGCACUGGCAAGACGAAUAUUGAGCUGUUUCGAAGGUCUGUGUCUUGAUGCAUUUGGCAUAAAUGUAGCACAGAAGUCUUCCAAACUGUCAAACGUGGUGGUAUUGUGUUGGUCUCAGGCUGCUUUCAUCCUUCAGGACCAGGACAACUUGCUUUGAUUGAUGGAAACAUGAAUUCUUCUCUUUUUACAGAAAGUCCUGAAGGAGAAUGUUCAAACCCUCAGUGACCUCAAACUGAAGCACAAUCCAAAACACACCAGCAAGUCAACUACUGAAUGGCUGACAAAAACAAAAUUAAGGUUUUGGAGAGGCCUGAAUCCGACUACAAUGCUGGGACAUGACCUUAAAGAGCUUUUCUGAUCGAAAACCAACUAUUUUUGCUGUAUUACAACAAUUUUGCAAGAAAGUGUCGGCCAAAAUAUCCUCAGAGCAACGUGAAAGACUCAUUGCUAGUUAUAGGAAAUGCUUGAUUUUAGUUGUUGUUGCUGCAAAUUAGGCUACACUGUACGCGCCUGAGAUUUUUGGGGCCGAUCACUGAUCAGCGAGUUCAAAGAAAUUAGACUCAAUCACGAGAUGGACCAAUAUGCCUACUUAAAUGACUUGUUCAUAUACUUCUGUACUGUAUACUACGUAUGUUCAAAAGUAUUCUCUAUUCAGGUCAUCGAUUCUAAUCAGGUCAAACCAACGUGACAGAAAUAAUGAGUGCUAACUAACUAAUUUCUUUAUUGUACUUAAAUUACUUCACACAUACUGAAACUUUUACAUUUACUUCCAACAGUUAGUGCUCGCAGGAGUUUGCGAGGCUGCAAAAUGUUUUGUUGCCUGCUUGCAAGCUGUAUCAUGUUAAAAAUAUUUGUGAACAUACCUCAACCCUUGAAUUAAAGUGAGCACUCAUGACAACCAGCACACAUUUUGUUCUUGUAAUGGACACGACGAUCUAUUGUUGUCAUCGUCAUGGUAACGAAUGUAUCUGUUUGUGUUUGAGUUGACAAGAUUGUCAUGUCUGAUCCAGAUAUUUCACGUUGUCAGGCUUAGACAUGUUUUCUGUCCCUAUGCACUGACAUACAUACAGUGAAGAAAAUAAGUAUUUGAACACCCUGCUAUAUUGCAAGAUCUCCCAAUUAGAAAUCAUGGAGGGGUCUGAAAUUUGGAUAUGAAUAUGAGUGGGAAUGUUUGUCUAAACUGUACACACCCUGCAAUUGUUUGGCAACCAGUCCAGGGUGUACCCUGCCUCUUAUCAGUAAGUUGGGAUAGACUACAGCUCAUCUGCAACCUUAGUGAGGUACAAAAUAAAUGGAUAGAUAAAUAUUUUGCCUAAACAUUCUUUUUUUUUUUUUUUUUUUUUUUUUGACCUGGCUCGUAUGUACGUUUAACAAAUGACGUGGAACUUCAGACACACAUUUGACCACUCCUACGGCAGGCUCAGUUACAGCGAAGAAAAUAAGUAUUUGAACACCCUGCUAUAUUGCAAGUUCUCCCGCUUAGAAAUCAUGGAGGGGUCUGAAAUUUUCGUCGUCGGUGCAUGUCCAUCGUGAGAGAGAUAAUCUAAAAAGAAAAUUCCAGAAAUCACAAUGUAGGAUUUUUCAACAAUUCAUUUGUGUGAUACAGCUCCAAAUAAUUAUUUGAACACCUGAGAAAAACAAUGUUAAUAUUUGGUACAGUAGCCUUUGUUUUCAAUUACAGAGAUCAAACUUCCUGUUCACCAGGUUUGCACACACUGCUGGAGGGAUUUUGGCCCACUCCUCCACACAGAUCUUCCCUAGAUCAGACGGGUUUCUGGGCUGUCGCUGACAAACACGCAGUUUCAGCUCCCUCCAAAGAUUUUCUAUAGCGUUUAGGUCUGGAGACUGGCAAGGCCAUGCCAGAACCUUGAUAUGUUAUUUAAUUGAGCCAGUCCUUGGUUUUCGUGGCUGUGUGCUUCGUGUCAUUGUCAUGUUGAAAGACCCAGCCAUGACCCAUCUUCAAUGCUCUGACUGAGGGAAAGAGGUUGUUCCCCAAAAUCUCAUGGCCGCGAUCAUCCUCUCCUUAAUACAGUGCAGUCGUCCUGCCCAUAUGCAGAAAAACACCCCCGAAGCAUGAUGCUACCACCCCCAUGCUCCACAGUAGGGAUGGUGUUCUUGGGAUGGAACCCAAUAUUCGUCUUCCUCCAAAC